AAGUGUUGUGCGUGCGAUGCAAGUGGCGAGCGAAGUAGACAUUACCAAUGUGAGGAAAACAUUUUGGGAUUGUAAAUGCCUUAUUAUUAUAGGCUGAUAAGCAGGUUCUGGUUCCAUUUCGCUAAGUCAGCCUCGGAAUAAUGUGGGUAAAACCACAAGAAGUUCUUCUUGCAAAUGCGUUAUGGGUAACCGAACAGGCAAAUCUAUAUUUCCUUCUUCAAAGGAGAAAAGGGCAUGGAAAAUCGAAAGGAUUGUCGUCAAUACUUGUUGGUACAUUGGAUAGUGUCUUCGACACUAAGCCACCACCAUACAGGAUUCUGCACCAGACACCAACUUCCGAAGUAUACUACCUGAUUGCAUGCUCUCUGACACAUGUGGAAAUUGAGAAGGAUUGGGAGUGGCUGCAGCGUAACCUGUCUAGCACACUGAGUUCAUUUGAUAAUGAAGAUGAUGUUACUGAAUUCGUCUGCUGCAAAAUUCAGUCGGUCAUAGCAAACAAUGUACCAGAUAAUCAAGGCAUUGAUGAUGAGGACACACAAUCAUUCAAAACUGUAUCUUUCAAGUUUCAUCGUCUUUUCAAUAUGCCUCCUGAAGAGAAACUGGUCAAUUAUUAUUCAUGCAGCUACUGGAAGGGUCGUAUGCCACGUCAGGGCUGGAUGUAUUUAUCCAUCCAUCACUUGUGCUUCUAUGCCUAUAUUCUUGGUCGUGAAACCAGAUUAGUUAUCAGGUGGACUGAUAUUACGGAACUUGACAAAACAAAUAGUCUGCUUUUCCCGGAUUCAAUUCGAAUUGCAACAAGGGAGAAGGAGUAUUACUUCUCAAUGUUUCUGCACAAAUCGGAGACAUUUGCCCUUAUGGAGCAGCUCACAAAUCUGGCAAUGAAACAGCUAAUUGAUGAAAAAGGGGGAUAUAACGAAGACAGAGAGCUGUUAAAUAAGUUGAGUAAGAAUGUACCAAAGAAGCCAUCAUUCCUGAAGCGUGAUCUUGAUGCUAGAGCUCACUCAGAAGCAUAUCGCUUGACAUUCCGGUUACCAGCUAGUGAGAAACUGGAUGGUAGUAUAGAUGCUACGCUAUGGACACCUUAUAACAAGCGGCAUGUUUGGGGACGCAUGUUCCUCUCUCAAAACUUCAUAUGCUUUAGCAGCAGGGUGAAAGGCUUGGUCAGUCUGGUAUUACCUUUGAAGGAUAUCAGCUUAGUGGAACGAGCAGAAAACCAGGCAUCGAAUCCAGCAGUAAAUAAUUCAGUUCUCAUCACUUCUGCAAACCACACAAGUUUCCUCUUCGCACAAAUUCAAGAUCGUGAUUUUGUUGUGCAAAAAAUCUCAGAGCUUCUUGCCAGGACGAGGCUUGCUGCACCGUCAGUGUACAAUUCAGAAAGUGCUCAUUCACCAACUUCAAGCAGUGGAAGCAUUAGUCAGGGAGAGGAAGCAAAACCAGUUGCUGUUGCGUACUUGCCGGAAUGGAACCCCCAGCCACCAAUGAUGACAUUGUUUAACUGUGAGACUUCGGCAGAAUAUAUUAAACAUCAGAAAGAGAAGUUGCGAAAAUGGGAAACCCAUUUUACGGAAUAUGGAAGAGGCGUAUCUAUGUAUCGAACCAGCGAGUUGGCAAGACUUGUACUAGGUGGUAUACCUGACGAACUCAGAGCAGAAACGUGGAUGGCUUUUUCAGGUGCUGCAAAUGAAAUGGCAGCUAAUCCUGGUCUUUACAGACUACUUGUAGACCAGUCAUUAGGCAAACCAUCGACUGCAAAUGAUGAGAUAGAGAGAGACUUACAUCGUUCCCUACCUGAACAUCCAGCAUUCCAAUCAGAAGUUGGUAUCUCAGCACUGCGCAGGGUACUUUCUGCAUAUGCAUGGAGAAACCCACAGAUUGGUUACUGUCAGGCAAUGAACAUAGUUGCGUCAGUACUUCUGAUUUACUGCUCUGAAGAACAAGCAUUCUGGCAACUUGCAACACUUUGUGAGAGCUUGCUCCCAGACUACUACAACACUCGUGUAGUUGGAGCACUGGUAGACCAAGGUGUUUUGGAUGACCUCACAUUGGAGCAUCUACCUAGUCUACAUGCACGGCUCGAUGCACUAGGAAUGAUACGCAUGAUAUCUCUGUCAUGGUUUCUCACCAUUUUCCUCAGUGUGAUGCCAUAUGAAAGUGCUGUCAACAUAAUAGACUGCUUUUUCUAUGAUGGUGCAAAAGUCAUAUUUCAGGUCGCAUUGACUGUGCUGGAAGCCAAUCAGGAGAAGCUACUGUCUUGCCAUGAUGAUGGAGAAGCCAUGCAACUUCUGGGAGAAUAUCUGGAGGGUGUAUAUAAUGAGGAAGGGCAUUCUGUGAGUCGCAACAAGGAUGCGGAACAAGUGAACAAGAGCAUAUCAGUGCAGAGCCUGCUGUAUGACGCCUACACGCACUAUGAUACCCUAACUGCUAACAGUAUAGAACGCCUCCGCUUGAAGUAUAGGUUAAGAGUUGUGCAGCAACUGGAGGAUGGCGUCGGUCGUAAUGUAAUCCGUAGUGUUGCAUCAGAGGGUUAUUUCACUACAGAGGAGUUGCAGGAUCUGCUGAUGCUUGUAAGAGAAGAGCUGUUGUCUCAACAGAGAGGGCCAUAUGAACGGUAUGAUCAAACACUGCCUCCAUAUGAGGCAUAUAGAGUGGAUCAGGAACUCUUUCGCCUGCUUUUUGUUGGCCUUUCACCGUGGGGCAAAGGACCAGAAGCUCUCAUGGGCAGGAUUUUCAAGCUGCUGGACCACAAUAAUGAUGGACUGUUGAACUUUCGUGAACUGGUGGUUGCAUUAGGCCUCACUUGCACUGCUGACCUCACCCAGCGCCUAAAGCUGCUGUAUAUGGUCCACCUACCCCCAGUCCUCAAUAUAGAGGACAUUGAGAGUCCCACAAACUCUGGUCGUCGAACAGCGACUCGGUCUGUUAUUGCAGAGGGUGGUGCUGAAGUUGCAGCAGAGGCCACAGACUUCUUUGACACAAUGCAGCAGAGUAUCACUUCUUUAGAAUCUGCAGAAGUUGACGACAGCAUGAGCAAUUCUCAAGGGGAGCAGUCACUGUGGGAGGUUCGCAGUCUCAGCAGUUUACGUUCUCUUGUGGAAAAGAAAGAUUCUCGUUCUCAGCUGAAAGCAGUGCCUCGUAUGGGGCAACCACACUUCAUUGUACUGUGGAAGACAAUGUACGGUUUGUUUGAAGCACAGCCAGAGGACCAGGAGGUGUUUCACUGUAUUGCAAGCGUAGGAACACUGCUAUUACAGUUGGGAGAUGUUGGGAAAAAGUUCUAUCUUGAAAGGGAAGAAUCCGUAGAUAGCCUGGCUGAUGCUGCAGCUGCUCACUGGAGCUCACGAAUGGAACAGCCUGGGCCAGCUCUUGUUACCGCAACACCUGAUCGUAACGGAAACCCUGGGGUUAAUGGCAACAGCAAUAGCACUGCUGAUCCAUAUUGGUCCAUCAGUAUUGAGCAGUUUCUAGCCACUGUACUAACAGGCCAACCAAUAGUUGAAUUCUUCAGCCAACGGACAUCUUUGGCAGAUGGCAUAAUGCGUCUCCGCGGCCGUCGCUUCAAUAGGCUGCAUAGUCUUACUGUUUAAAUGAGAUAAACAUUGUUUUUGUACAGUGGAACAGCUUUUCUAAGGCAGUUGUAGUGGCCUGUGUUAGUGUACAUGUUUUUAUAAAACAAAUAAUUGCAAGUGUAUUUUAUAAUGCUGGUAAUAGAAAUUUGUAUAUUUGCUGUAUUGUGGUAGUAUGUUGAGAAAUAGCUGGUAACAAGUCAUUGAAGGCUUCCUUGGCAAACAAAAUGGAUAACUUUCCAUCAUACUGGUAUUUAUUUUUGUAAAACACACACACACACACACACACACACACACACACACACACACACACACACACACACA